GAAGUGAGGGGCACCAAAGUGGACAGUGUUUGUCUUCACCUCAAGUGAUCAUGAGAGGUGCGGUGCAAAUCUUCAUCAUGCUCCUCCUAGCAACUGUGUCCGACUCUGCCGUGAUCACAGGGGCCUGUGAACGAGACAUCCAGUGUGGGGCUGGCACCUGCUGUGCUAUCAGCCUGUGGCUUCGGGGCCUGCGGUUGUGUACCCCACUGGGGCGGGAAGGAGAGGAGUGCCACCCAGGAAGCCACAAGAUCCCCUUCUUUAGGAAACGCCAACACCAUACCUGUCCCUGCUCGCCCAGCCUGGUGUGCUCCAGGUUCCUGGACGGCAGGUACCGCUGCUCCCGAGACUUGAAGAAUGUCAACUUUUAGUUUGUCUGGACUCUGGGUCCCUACUGGGUGACCU